ACCCCCUCUCGUCCCCGUUCGUCGCGUCAUUCGUAGCUUUUGCUGGCUCCUCGUUUGAACAGGCUUGGUUAAAUUGCACUCACCGUAGCGUGGUCUUUUAGGCCCUAAUACACUCUUUCUCUGGUCGAGCAUCGACUCCAAGCCCCGACGAGCCUUCAAAGCUUCACGCACACCACCGCCAACUACUUCACACCCACACGCGAGAUCGUAUCCACAAUUAUGGCUUACGCCCAACCCUUCCCCCUCGCCGCACCCCCUAAACCUGAGCAGACUUUUUACGGGCCUGACCUCGCAGUCCGACUCAUCUGUCCCGACUGCAGAGACCCGAACCCAAACAUCAUCGAAGAGUUCGGCAGUGGAGACCUCGUGUGUGGUACGUGUGGACUAGUACUCGGUGAUCGCGUCGUCGACACGCGUAGCGAAUGGCGGACGUUCGCGAACGACGAGGGUGACGACCCAUCGCGUGUCGGUGGGCCCUCAGACCCCCUCCUUGAAGGGAUAGGGCAACUGGAUACCAUCAUCUCCUUCCGCGACGGAGGCUCCGGCAUGGCCCGCGAGCUGCAGCGCGCCGCCUCCCGUGCGCAAAACACGCGCUCGGAGCGUAAUCUCCUUUCCGCAUUCCGCGACAUAUCCUCCUGGUGCGACCAGUUCUCUCUCCCCAAGACGAUAUCCGAUAUCGCCAAACAGCUCUACAAGCGCUCCGACGAGGAGAAGCUCCUUCGUGGAAAGCCACUCGAGGCCGUCAUCGCGGCUUGCAUCUUCAUCGCCUGCAGACAGGCGCACGUUCCCCGUACGUUCAGAGAGAUCUGUAACCUGACGCACGUGAGCAAGAAGGUGCUCGGGCAGUGUUACAAGGCGCUCGAACAGGCGUUCAACCUCAGUCCCGGCGCGCAGAACCACAACAGCACCAACGGUACCCAGGUCAUCUCCACCGGCCCCGAAGAUCUCCUCAUACGUUAUUGCAACCACCUCGAUCUUCCUCCGUAUUUCCAUGGGAUAUGCAAGGACAUCGUCGUCGAGGCGCGUAACCGUGGUAUCGCAGACGGCAGGAGUCCGAUCUCGAUCGCGGGCGGCGCUAUCUUCUUCACCUGUUUCCUGCUCGGGAAACCCAAGUCGCUGCGCGAGAUCUGUACGGUCGCGGGAGUGAGCGAGGGGACGGUGAAGUUGGUGUAUAAGCUGUACUGCGCGGAUAAAGAUAAGUUGGUGAAGCAGAAGUGGAUAGAUGAGGGCAAGGCGAACCUGGACAGGCUUCCGCCGAUCGAGGUGGCGGUGGCGAAGUAGACGGGACUCUUCGUUGGAUAGUCUUAUUUGUCCCCCUCCUUGUAUGCCUUUCCCUAACUUACUUGGAUAAUGAGAUAUUCUUUUGCCGCUGUCCGGAUCUUUUUACCUUUCCUGUCCUUUUCACUUUCGCUCCAACGUGACUUGUGGCAUUUGAGAGAGGGCAGUUGUACAUUAAUAUAUGCAUCCCAUAAUCGGUCCUCUUGUUUGCAAAAUGUUUCCGGUGGCUCCGUUUUUCGUUUUUCUUCUUUAUCCUCGCUGUGUUGUGUGUACUUGUAACUAGGUCGAAUUGGGGAAUAUCAAGGCGAUCACCGC